AUGACGACGCGCAUAACGUCAGAAUUACUUGGUACGCUGCAGCAUACACCCGAACGCAUUCGAAACAUCUGUAUCCUAGCGCAUGUUGACCAUGGCAAGACGACACUAAGUGACAGCCUUGUGUCAUCCAAUGGUAUCAUCUCGGAGCGACUCGCAGGCAAGGUGCGAUAUCUCGACAAUACAGAAGAAGAACAAAUACGUGGUAUUACUAUGAAGUCCAGUGCUAUAUCAUUGGUCUAUCAACCUGAUCCUGUAGCUGAUAAGGAACCCGAAGCGCCAUUUCUUAUUAAUCUCGUUGAUUCGCCAGGUCACGUGGAUUUUUCGUUUGACGUAUCUACCGCAGUUCGGCUCUGUGAUGGAGCUUUAAUAAUUGUUGACGCAGUGGAAGGAGUAUGUGCUCAAACUCAUGCAGUAAUACGUCAAGCUUGGAAAGAGGGAAUUCGACCGUGUCUUAUGAUUAAUAAAAUGGAUCGACUUAUUUCUGAACUACAGUUUUCACCCAUGGAGGCAUAUCAAAAACUUAAUCGUAUUUUAGAACAGGCAAAUGCUGUACUUAGUUCCAUGAUCAGAAUGGAUGUGUUGGAGAGAUAUGAUCGAGAAGCUUCGAAUCAAAGUGCCAAAAUGGACGAAAGAGACAAACGGAUGGAAUCGAUUGAUACUGACGAAGUGGUUUCUACUGAAAUGGAACAGCUUGAAAAUGAAGUGCUUUUCUCGCCAUCAAACGGUAAUGUCAUUUUUGGGAGUGCAACUGACGGAUGGGCAUUUGGUAUUGGAUACUUUGCGUCUUUAUACGCUAAGAAAAUGAACUUACCUACACGUGUUUUGCGCCAAGCAUUAUGGGGAGAAUUUUAUUAUAAUAGCAAAACGAUGAAAAUUGUGCGGAAGCCACCAACAUCAAAUAGCCAAACGAUGUUUUGCUCGUUUAUUCUCGACUUGAUAUGGUCAACAUACACAACGAUAGCAAAACCUGUUCAGUCUGAUCAUGACUUGGAAACCCUUCGCAAAUUGACACGACAGCUUCGUAUUGCAAAGUUAGUAACAGAUCGGGAUUUAAAGCAAACGGAUCGAAAGAAUGCAACUCAAGUCAUCAUACGGAAGUGGUUGCCAUUGGCGACUACUGUGUUGAAAAUGGUCACCCGCAUUUUACCGAAUCCCGUGAUAGCUCAAGCCAAGCGAGUCGAAAAGUUAUGCACUUUUUCGCCGGAGCAGUUAAAUCGCUCACCUCAGCAAGCUCAGAUAUAUCGAUCGCUGCAACUUUGUAACACUUCAGAAGGCGCGCCUUUGGUUGUAUAUAUUUGCAAAAUGAUUUCAGUAGAAGCAAGUCUUUUAUCCGAUUACCAUCAAUCAGGACUUGCUGCUACCGACGAAGUUUAUGUUGGGGUUGGACGUGUCUUCUCUGGCAUGCUUCGAGAAGGCCAACCUUUGUACGUGAUGAAUCCAAAGUUUCAGGGCUUGUCUGGAGACGUGAAUCCAGAUACAAUUGAUUUGAAGAACUUUAAACACGUUGAGCGCAUUGAAAGUGGUUUCAUCAAGUUGUACAUGAUGAUGGGCCGCGAUUUGCACAAGCUAGACCGGGUGCCUGCAGGUAAUAUUGUUGGAAUAGUUGGUCUACAAGAACAUGUGCUGAAGACGGCUACACUAUCAUCUUCCUUGUCUUGUCCAUCUUUGACACAGAUGCCAUACCAAGCGAAGCCGAUUGUACGUGUGGCGGUGGAGCCUGAAGAUCCGCGCAAUUUUGAAGCACUGGAAGCAGGUCUACAGCGACUUUAUCGUUCGGAUCCAACCGUCGAAGUUCAUGUUCAAGAGACAGGAGAGCAUGUGAUUGUAGCACUGGGUGAGCUUCACCUUGAACGAUGUAUGAAGGACUUGAAGGAACGGUAUGCUAAAGUUGCACUUCAAAUAUCAGAACCACUAGUUGGUUUCAACGAGAGUAUUGUUGAGGGGAUAACUUCCUCGAUUCAGGACAAUAUAGUUAUGAGGGAAUUUAGUCCAGAUUCGUUAGACAACGCCGAACCCAAAGUUUCUGGUAUAAAACAAGCUUCUAAGACCGCGGUGGAGACAACUCCCGACGGAACGGUAAUAUUAAAGCUGCGAGCAUUUCCGUUACCUCUGGAGACAGCGAGACUUUUGGAAAAGAAUGCGCCAGUAUUAAAGUACCUUGCAUUCAGCAAUAAAGGUGUAGAUGAAAGUGGUGCCCCAGAAAUUCCUUUCGAAGUCGAAACUGCUUCCGAUAGUAUACGCACAUUUCAAGAAAAUCUCACGAAAACACUUAAAUCAAGUGAUAACAGCUUUUUGAGAUCGAUUUCGUUGCACCAGAUUUGGAGCUUUGGUCCUCGAAGAGUAGGUCCAAACAUACUGGUCAACAAUAUCCCGGAUUUUUUUCCCUCUAAGUGCUUGUUUCCGCAUCACGCAGCGUCAGAAAUUCAUGACUCGGUGAAGGCAGAGCAAAUACGGAAGUUGGAGAACAGUAUUGUGACAGGUUUUCAAAUGGCAACAUCGGCUGGUCCCUUGUGCAGCGAGCCCGUAUGGGGAGUAGCUUUUGUCAUUGACGAUAUCAUUUUUCACGCAAUUGAAAGUGACGAGAACAAGUCAGUAGAGGGACAGGCUGUGAUGAGUAAAUAUGGACCACUUAGCGGGCAGGUAAUUUCAACGAUGCGAUCAACUUGCUUGAUGGCGUUUUUAAAGCAACCAGUUCGGUUGGUCGAAGCCGUGUACGAUUGUACCGUACAAUGUCAGGCUGAGCAGCUUGGGAAGCUCUACAGUGUCAUCUCAAAGCGACGUGGGGAUAUUUAUUCCGAGGAACUCUCGGAUGGAACUGCACUCUUUACCGUCAAAGCUUAUCUGCCAGUUGUGGAGAGCUUUGGAUUUGCAACUGAUGUCUUGAUACAGACGUCCGGAGCCGCUAGUAAUCCACAACUGCUUUUUUCUCACUGGAGUGUUAUUGAUGUAGAUCCUUUUUUUCAGCCUCAGACUGACGAAGAACGGGAAGAUUAUGGCGAACGCAUCUACGAACACAAUUUUGUAAGGCGAUACAUUGAGACUGUGCGCAAGCGGAAAGGAUUAUCACGUGAUGAAAAGAUUGUGGUGCAUGCUGAAAAGCAGCGUACGUUAAAGCAUUAA